AUGAAGAAGAUGAAGAUGAUGAAGAAGAAGAAGAAGAAGAAGAAGAAGAAGAAGAAGAAGAAGAAGAAGAAGAAGAAGAAGAAGAAGAAGAAGAAGAAGAAGAGGAGGAAAAGGAUGAAGGGAUGUCGUAUGAGAGAGGAAAAAAAGAAUGACGAGAAUAAUGAUGAGAAGAAGGAUGAGGAGAAGGGUGAGGGAGAGUAG